AUGGACGUUCCUGAGCCUGAGCAGACGCCUUUCACUGCCGUCACGGCGCAGACUUCGAAGCUGGCGAGACAAUUCCAAACCUACCUCGACGCUUCCACUCCGUUCACGGCCUACCGCUGGACCAGCACCGUCGUUCUCCUCCUUGUCUUCUUCUUGAGGAUCGUCGUCGCCCAGGGCUGGUACAUCGUGGCUUACACCCUCGGCAUCUACCUCCUCAACCUGUUCCUCCUCUUCCUGCAACCCAAGUUCGAUCCCUCUCUCACCCAAGACGAGGGUCUGGAAGACGGCGACGCCGCCGCGCCCAGCCUGCCCACGAAACAAGACGACGAGUUCCGGCCCUUCAUCCGCCGUCUCCCCGAAUUCAAGUUCUGGUUCUCGGCUACCCGCGCCAUCCUCAUCGGUUUCAUCUGCUCGUGGUUCUCGGUCUUUGAUAUCCCAGUGUUCUGGCCCGUGCUGGUGGUUUACUGGGUGAUUCUGUUUGUGUUGACGAUGCGCCGCCAGAUCCAGCACAUGAUUAAGUACCGUUACGUGCCGUUCUCGUUCGGCAAGACGCGGUACGGCCGGUCAUAA